UUAAAUAUAGUCAUAUGACUCCGAUACAGUAUGAUAAAUGUCCUUGUGUCCCUGUACAAUAAUGCGUGAUUAUCAUUAAAUUAAAGAAACACGUAAUGAGGUAGUUGGAACAUAUUGCAGCAAACGUCUGCAUUAGAGAAUAUAAACGAAAUGAUUACUGCUGUUAUUCAAUAUUAUGAUAUGCGUUAUAAGAGACACACCCAUUUUAGCUACAAGCAUAUAUCACGAAUAAAAGGCCCUAUUUUGAUAUUUUCAAACCAUAUUUGCACUGAUCUCAACUGAAACAUGGCUAGUAGUAGAGCCACUAGCAGAAGCUACGAGGUUCUGGGAAACUUCUCGAUCGGUGAGGAUAGAGAAUAUCACAAUGAUUUGAGUCAACGACGCUUCCUGGUCGAACCGGACGAUGAUUGUCCUAAUUUCGAUCUCGUGCACGGGCUUUCAGAGUACACAGACAGGAAACCAUCUGGUAGCGAACCGACGUCGAUGAACCCCAUGCUGCACUGGCUUCGUGAUCAUCGAGACGAGCUCAUCGACAAGAAGAUUUUAAAGUCGGGAGGUUCUUCAAGAAAACUUGACAUAGAUUUCGUAGGUCGUAGAGGAUUUUUCUGUCGCCUCCUCCGUGCUGCAGCGAGUGCCGACAAACUUGAAAUCCUUGUAACACUGUGUAAAGGAACCUACUACAUCGAGAACGUGAAAGAUACCUACAAAGAAACUGCAAAGCAAAUAGAAAUGGGUUUUGCUGGCAAGAAAUUUGCCCAAUACAUCACAAGUUCUGACGGGAGCAAGCCCGAUAUCAACGAACCGGUGAAUGCAUACAGCGAAUAUGUAGCAGUGAUGAAAGCUCAGUACGGCGAUCACCGCAUCAUUCUCAGUACCGAAGUUCAGGCAGAACGAGAGGACGCGGCUCAGAGACCUCCAGAGAACUAUGUCUGCAUUAAGACCAGAAGGGAUGAUCUUGUAGGAAAACAGUUGACUAAUUUUAACAGGUACAAGACGUUGCAGUGGUGGUCACAGGCCUACAUGGCCGGCAUUCCUGAAGUGAUUUGUGGGAUGAGAAAUGAUAGCCAGCGAAUUAUAGCAUCAGUCAAAAACAUGAAGACUAAUCAAAUGUCUUUGAAUUCAGAGGGAAUUUGGGAGCCCGGAAUGUGUGUGAAGAAGUUCGAGUCGUAUCUCUCCGAAAUAAAGCGUUUGGUUCAAGAUGAUAAUCCACGUGCUGUGUACCGCCUUCAGUUGCCGGAGUUCGAGAAGGGAAGGCGGGCGAAGGACAGACUACAAUACAGAAGAUUCCAUCUGCUUGGGAAAAAAGAUGAUUACGUCAUCAUACCAGAGGAGUAUAUCAAAGAAGUCUUGAACUUGGAAGAAUAAGAAGUUUUAAUGGUAAAAUGACCCCAAUUAACGUAAAAAUGGCCCAAAUAAUGCUCAACAUUCGAUCAAAAUUCAUUAGAAAAUAUUUUCAAAUAUCACUCAUAUGGCAUGUAUAGGUAUAGCGGUAAAACAUAUUAGAGUUAUAUCAGAUUAUUAUAAGUUUCAUUCUAAUUUAUAAUGAACUAAGCUAUAUAUAUACAAUAUUCUUGAAAUUCUUACUAAUCUAUGAAACAUAAAAUAUAUUGAUCAUGCACCAUUUGACUGAUUAAUAUGAAUAUCCACUUAUAUCUUACAAAAGCGUCUGUAUUAUAUAUUUUGGUCUAUAAACAACAGUGUUUGCACACUUUGUUUAUUCGUCAAUUCUCGGUAAUGCUAUUGAGUAUAAACUAUGUAAUGAUUUUCUUUUUUUUGUUGUUGGAAAUGAAUACGAAUUUGAAUUUUGAAUUUAUGUUAUUCCAAACUUUCAAUUUGUAAGUGAAAUGGCCGUUGAACACUUAGUAUAGAAAUGAACUUAUGACAUUAGUAUUAGCGAAAAUUUGUUAUCAUAAAUAUUGUAAUAGUUGGCAAGCAUAUUUUGCUAUCGUUGUUAUGAGGUCUAGAUACAGUUUUUAAGUUUUUAUGACCUUCGCUCGUAUAAUCAACAGUCACUCUACACGUAUUUUGAAUUCUUUGUUAUAGUUCAAGUUUCGACUGUUGUUCACCAAUCAUUUAUGCCAGGGCACUUGAAACGAUUUUUUUAAACCAAGGGUGCUGGUUUAAAACGAAAAAAUGACAAGCCCCCCCCCCCCCUCUCAAGUGUUUUCACUACAAAAUGAAGGUGAUUUUUUGGUUGAAUUUGUAGUUUUUAGCAUACCAAUCUGCAGGGGGCUGUGAACGAUGUUUUUCAGGGGCUGAAAUCUCAUGGGCUGAAAUCUCUCCUCAAAUGUUGGGAGGGGGGCACAAUUGAGUUUUCCAUUGUUGCUUAAUAUACACACACCCAUACAAGGGCUAUAUAUAUAUAAUUAUAUAUGAAUUUGGAAAUUUCAUGUAUCUUGUCCUGAAAAUAAAAUAUUUUGAGCAAUG